UGUAGGCGAGAGUCACAAAUGUCAGAUGUAGUAGAGGUUAUAAGUGGUACAUAAGUGGAAGGGUACGUGAUGUUGGUGAGCCGGCUAGGACCCUUAGUAUUUAGAGCUCCUCGGACGUGUUUCCGACGGGUGCUAGAUAGGAAUAGUACUAAAGUAAAGUUUUAUUCCACGGGAAACACCAAGCCAGCAGCUAGUAUAUUGAAGCUUGGAGCAAUUGGUGUUGCUGUAGGAGCUGCUGUGGGCACAGCGUAUUCACUUUACUCUGCAAGUGGAGGAAAAACAGAUCAUAAGAAACAUGAGCGAAAAUUGCCUGCCGUAAUAGGCAAGCGGCCUGACAUCAAAAUUGCGAAACGGAUCAUCAGUCCAACUGACAAAAGCGGCCUUGACCUUGUCCUUUUCCAGUUCCAGACAUGUCCAUUCUGCUGCAAAGUUCGAGCUUUUCUUGAUUACCAUGGGUUAUCCUACUCGAUCGUCGAAGUGGACGCAGUCUUGCGUCAAGACCUAAGGUGGUCUGAUUACAGGAAAGUGCCGAUUUUGCUUGCAAAAAGGAAGGACGGCAAAUAUGUCCAGCUAACUGACUCCAGCGCUAUCGUAUCCGUUUUAGCAAGUUAUUUACACGACCCCUCGCAAGACAUCGGCGAGCUAGCUAAUUUUUACCCAACUAUAUCGUUUUUCGAUGACAGUGGAGCGAAAAAGGAAGAGGUUAUGAACAAGUACUUCAUAAUGUACCAGGAAAAAGUUCCAGAAAAUUUCACCGGCAAAACAACGAGAGAUGAACGAAAAUGGCGUAGUUGGGCUGACGACGAGCUAGUUCAUCUGAUUUCACCUAAUGUCUAUCGGACAAGAAAGGAAGCUUUUGAAACCUUCGAGUGGUUCUCCGAAGCUGGAGAAUGGAGUGUGCUUUUCCCACAAUGGGAACGAAAUAUGAUGGUUUACAUAGGCGCCUACGCUAUGUGGCUUAUAAGCAAACGAUUAAAAAAGAAAUAUGGUUUAACAGACGACGUUAGAUCCCAUAUAUACGAUUCCUUGGGAAAAUUAACAUCCGAAUUGAAAAUGCGGGGUACCAAAUAUUUGGGAGGUGAUCGACCAAACUUAGCAGAUCUCUCAAUAUUUGGCAUUUUAUGUAGUAUGGAAGGGUGUUCUGCAUUCAAAGAAUGUUUACAAAACACUGAUAUCGGCCCAUGGUUUAACGGCAUUAAAGAAUUAACGGUCAAAAGCAAGGGUCAUGCAGUUAUAAAUGAAGCUCUUUUAAGAAAUAUGCAACAUAAUAUUACGUGAAUUAUUUUCCAAAUUCAGAUAAGUGUUUGUAUAAAAUGUAACUAAAAGUAUGAAUAAAUGAUCUGAUAGUAA